AUGCCCAGACGAUUCGAGACGAAGAUAAUGUUCCAUGUCACCACGGAUCAGUCGAAGGAUGUCAUCCGUCAUAAGGUCGCUUAUCUUAUGACUCUCUUUGGUAUCGCCGUGUUCACCACUGCCUGCUUCUUCAAGUUCGCCGUCGAUGUCAUCUUCUUCAUGGCGACCAUCGAUUUGAGAUAUGCUCAUUAUUAUAUCUAUGGCGGAAUCAUCUACUUGAUCUUCUCUAUUGUUUUGAUCUUCCACGUGUCUCGCUGCGUCGUCGAGCACACUAUCGAAUCGUUUGACAAGAUUCAACAAGUCAAGGAUGAGGAGAAGAAGUUGAACGAGAAGGCGAUCAUGGAGACGGUUUAA